AAAACUGUGACACGCGGAGAGCGGAAGUGGCUUAAACAGCAACAAUAGAUAUCAGUGGCGACUAGAAUCACCAGCUAAAUAACUAGACCCUGUGGAGACAACACGACUUGGAAGUCCAUCGCAACCGUAUGAAAAUAACGGCGAAAGGGAAUAAAUUCGUGCAUUUGUAAAUAAUGCAAAGUUAGAGUUUGCGCUGUUUCUUGGAUGAAGGGUCGCUAAUGCCAGUCAGCUGACAGCUCAGCUACCGUAACAGUGUAAACAGCUGAACUCUUAGCCUGGAUCAACGACGGUAUUGUAGCAUUAAAUAAUGUCCGGGCCGAAUGGAGAUCCCAACAUCUCAAUCGAAGAAGGUAUAAUCAAUGAUGAAGAUGAAUUCGGCGACGAAGAGUAUGCUGCUGUCAACUCUAUGCUGGAUCAGAUCAACUCCUACCUCGAUGACCUAGAGGAGAGGAAUGAUGCGCUCAAUGGCAAACUUGUGGAACUGCUGGAAUCCAACCGGCAGGCCCGGUUGGAGUUCAGAGCCCAGCUGCUUGGUUCUCCUUCAGCAGAGGAGGAGCAGAAUGGCCCUGCUGGCACAGACUCCUCUUCAAACAGCAAGGUGGACCAGGAGGAGGAUGACUCUGAGGGCUCUCAGAUGAAGGACAAGAGCGAGUAGACCAGUAGCUUUUGUUCAUCAAAAUACACAUGGAAUGUUAAGUAGGACUGACUCCACUUAAAACUACUGUAUGUUGGACUAGUGGGUCCUGAUCUGCAUUAAUAUGCAUAAAUGACUCACUGCAGUUGAGUCUCUUGUCACCUGUGGUCUGCUGAUGUUUGUAAUUUAAGCUCUUAAUUUCUUUCUUAACACACCAUUGUAGAUCUGUGACAUUUAAGUUUUUGUUUGUUGAACAGUUGCUCUGUUAAUUCUUGUUCUGGUCCAGUUAGGACAUGAAGUUGAAUCCUUAAGCCAGAAAUACAGUACAUUUUUUAAAGAUUCAAAUAAGACUGAAUCAAGUUUUACACACAUCAUAAAACAUGUCCAAAUAGAGGAUCAGGUCCAUGAUCCUGUACCAGUAGGUGGGAUUACCAAGGUGUUUUUUUAUUGAACACUGGCAACCCAAGGUUUCUGAUUGUAGUUAUGAUUAUGUUCUCAAAAGAUGGGAGGACUUGGUACCCAGUGACCAUUCGCAAACACUGACAGGUCCAAAGCAGCUGAUUUCUCAAAAGAAAAACAAACUCAUUUUAAACAGCUACAAGCAAUUAAAAAAUUUAAUAUAUGCUAAAAAACACUACAGCAGCAGCUUAAGUCUGGAAGGAAAGCUGUCAACAAACUGUCUACUGUGUUAGUAUGUGAGGUUAAUAGUUUGAUCAAUAUCACAUAAUUUAGGAAUCAUUAUAUCUGAUGGAAAUUACAGUAGUGUAUUAAGUUAAUGUGAUCUUAAAUGUAUUAUGAUCUGUUAUCUCCAUAUCAUCAUCACCUGUCCUGCUUGUGACUUGGUCUGUUAAACUGGGGAACUUGAAACUGUCAAAUGUAUUUCUGGCUUAAGAUCAGUUUAGAGUUUACAUCAGACUCUUUCUAGAUGUACAAUGUGUAACUAUUAUGUUUCUUCCCUUAAAGUAAAUAUGCAACAUUCCAGAUGUC